CUCUUUUGUCUGUCAUUCUUCUCUGUGGUGCUUUUCAGUUUAGUUGAAAAAUUCUUCGAGGUCAUCUACGCAAGAAUAUUAAGGAACAGGGAAGCAAAAUUGAAACCUGUAGUGUCUUUGUACACGCACACUUCCAAUGGCACCAACUGCUAAACCGGAGGUUGGUGACCUGGUUGAGAUCUUCAGAGGAGCAUACCAGCACUGGGCUGUGUAUGUCGGAGAUGGUUAUGUCAUUCACCUAGCACCGCCCACUGAACAGGCAUCUGUGGGGAGCUUCAACCUGAUGAUGUCCGUGACAUGUGACAAAGGCCUUGUGAAAAAGGAGGAACUGCAGAAGGUUGCCGGGGAAGACAGGUGGAAAGUCAACAACAUUCUGGACAGUAAAAAUGAGCCACAUUCUUCCAAAGACAUUGUACAGAGAGCUGAGAGCAUGGUGGGCCAGCUACUGCCCUACAGUGUGUUGGAGAGGAACUGUGAGCACUUUGCUACAGAUCUGAGAUAUGGGAAGCCCAAGUCGCGCCAGGUUCGUAGGGCUGUGGAGGCUACGGUGGUGGGUGGCGUGGCAGCGCUGGCUGUUCUAGGAGCUGUUGUGGCAGCAGCUGUGACACUAGGGUGCAGCAGAGAGAGGGAGAGCAGGCGUUGAGAGCCAGACUUUUUUUCUUGAUGUAGCCCUAGAAGCACAUAAUCACCAAUGUGCCUUUAUGAAAGGAAAUACGCAUGUCUCAUGUAUGACAUAAACUUGAAAUGAGUCCAUGUCAGAGGCCCAAUUUGA